AUGAGCACAGCCGCUGUGGUCACCGGAUACAACCUGGCAUUUUGGUUUGACGAUUCUGGCGGUGGUGCACAACAACCACCUAGACAAGGAUGCGGGCCUCCCUACAUCUUCCUCCUCUCCAAGCAGCAAUUAACUGGUUCCGUUAUUGCUCUAUGCCGCACCGCGGCUGUUAUCAUUGCUGUCGUCGUCUUCCCUCUAGCUAUCCUGCUACUGUAUCUAAUGCUCACAUUUUGCUGGUACACAUCCCUUUUUCUGUACCGCGAUUUGAUUUAUCUCUUGAACCAGACCAGGCCACAUACUCUUCUUUCGGCUCUUAGCAGAAUAAAUCCACUUCUAGAGCAGGGAGCUCUCUUAUGGCAGUUUGCGGCGGGGCCAUCCAUGGUACCAGGGCUAUUCAACGUCACAUUUGUAGUGCUCACGGAUGUCCUCGGAUUUUUAGCUAUGCCAAAAGCGAACGCAAUCCGAUUUUCUGAUGUAAUCAAGGUGUGUGUGUCGCUAGGGACUGGAAAGGUGACAAGGAAUGAGAUGGAAAACACACUACCUACGCAUGGUGCGGGGAUGAUGCCAGGCUGGAAAGAAGCUAGAUUCAUUCAUCGAGCUUUCUGUUCCCUAUGGAACGUUUAUGUUGUCCUAAGCAUUGCAUGGUUCAUCGCUAGCAUUGAGUGCACAAUCCACUGGAACUACAUCCAGGGCGUUAACGAUAUUCAGACAACCGGGCAGCUUAUUCCCUUUGUCAUUGGCUGUAAAUAUCGCGACUGGGCGGAUACGCGGCUUGAAUUGGGAGAUGGUAUAGAUAGACCUGUCAUCUUUAAAAUUGUGAAGAUGAAUAAAGGUGACGAUUCCGAGGAAGAGAGCACAAAGGACAAACCCAUUGGGAAUGACCAAUUCGAAAGGCCCAUUGCGACAAUGCAUAUGCGAAGACAGAGUGUCUGA